CACACACACACACACUGAGCUUCCCGUAAAGAGGCAGAAUGCCCAUGCCACUCUGAGUCUUGUGAAAACCUUCCCCCACACUCAUCUGGGAUUCAUACUGUCAGCUUGUGCACAUCAAAACAAAACCACUCAGCCGUGGAAAUCUGUCUAACCUCAGGAAGAGAGGCCUGGAGCAGGGGAAGUCCCUUAGCCACACAAUGGCCUUGACAUUCAGCACAGCGAAGAAGAGUUCCUCACAGAACCAGAUAUAGGACCAAGUGUUGUUCGGUUCAUCGUUUCUUAUGGAUGUCAGGAGGAAGCAACAAAACAACAUUUUGUGCAGCAGCAGGCAUUUUUUUACAAGAGAAGACGGGUGUCGUGAAAUUCCAAAGGCAAAGCACUACUGCUCACUGAGAAGAGAGGGUGAGACGAAAACAAACGCAGUCGGAUGAUUUAAAGGAGCCAUGGCCUUCCGAAGUCUCUUCCUUUAUACCUUGAGUCUGUCCGUCCUGGUGCAGAUGCCCACCAGCAGAGCCUGUAGGACUGGAUCGGGGUCAGAGUGUGAGAAAGCCCCCUUUGUGCCUGGCUACAACCUGGCGGGGGAGGGCUUUGACGUGGUCAGGAUGCGUCGUAAAGGGGCCUACGUCAUCAACGUCAAAGCCCACCUGUCUGACAACCACACAUGUGUUCUCUGUGAGAACCGCUUCCAGGAGGGACAGGUCCAGAGGUUGCCUUCUGCCGUGCUGGACUGGCGUCCAUUGAGCCGCUGCAGCAAGCAGCUAUCCAGUGCCCUGCACCACUCGGUGGACUCCCUACUACGUAGCUCUAGCUCCCUCAUCAACAACAACUGGGAUAUGGACCUGAGGCUAGAGAGUUAUGGCAAGGCAGUGCUGGGGGGCAGCCGCUCAGAAAUGGCCAAGUUUGCCAGAUCCCAGCACAGUGUGGACAAGGCCACCUUUGCUACCCAUGAGAUCAGCUGUACAUACUACAGUUACAGGCUGGCAGACCAUCCGGACCUCAGCGCUGAAUUUGCUAAACAUCUCAAGAGACUGCCACAGGAGCUUGACAACAAGAGCAAAUUGCUGUACCGGCGGUUGAUCGACACGUACGGCACUCAUUACAUCCGUCAGGUACAGCUGGGUGGUAGGGUGAGGCGCGUCACUGCCUUCCGCACCUGCCUGGCCACCCUGAAGGGCUUCUCCGAGUCCGAGAUAAAGACCUGCUUAAAUGUUGAGCUGAAAAUGGCCUUAGGCUUCCUCCCAGCAAACGCGUCCUUCUCCAACAAAUGUGAUGCCCUCCUAAAGGGGAACAUGAGCAUGGGCUUCUACCAGGGCUUUAUGAGCCACAAGAUUGAGGUUCUAGGUGGGGAAAAGUAUUUUCCUGAUAUCUUGUACCACCAGGACCCGUCCGAAGCGUACCAUAGCUGGAUGAACAGCUUGCAUGAUAAUCCAGAUGUGGUCUCCUAUGCUAUAUUCCCCCUGCACCACCUGGUUGAUGAUCCAGAGGUUAGUGCCAACCUGAGGAGCAUGGUGACAGAGUACAUUGACGAGAACAAGCUUCCUGUAGACCAGGGGGAAUUCAAAACCUGCUCCCCGACCCCUAACCUGGAUCACAACUGUUGUCCUCUACGGGCAGGACGCGGGACUCUCAGGUUAAUGGUACACAGAGCCGCAGGUUUGAGAGCAGAUACCUUCACAAAGACUGAUGGCUAUGUUAAAAUAUGGUACAAUGGCAUGUAUGAGGAAACAGAUACUGUCAUGGAUGAUAAUGAUCCGGUGUGGAAUGCCACGUACAACUUCGGCUCAGUGGAGUUUGGUCAUCAGCUGCUGUUCGAGGUUUGGGACAGAGAUGUGAUUUACAAUGACAUGGCAGGAAGAUGUUUGGUCUUCCCUGAACAAGGAACUCAUUCACACAGCUGUCAGCUAAAGAAAGGGGUUCUGCACUUCACUUACAGCUCCGAAUGUGACGCCCACUUAACAGGCUAUAGGUGUGGACGGUACUCUCCUAGUACAUAAAGUGUUGGAUUGAAAAAACACCUGGGUCGUAUUCAUUAGUGCACACCGUAGCAAAACAUUUUGCAACGGACACACACACACACACACGCACUUCUUAUUUGACAAUAAUAAGAGUGUUGGUCAAAAUGCUGAUGUGUCCCAACCCUGGCCUGUAUCAAUAAUUGGUGUUUAUUUUUGAAUAAGGCCGGGAUUCAUUAAUAAGUGCAUUUUGGAGUGUUGCCAUUAAAGUCAAUGAUCCAGUUUCAGUUCACAGAGAUCAUAUUAUCGGCAAUAGCUGCAAAUGUCUGCUAAUGUGGAAAUAACCUUAAAUGUCAAGCGAGCUACAAUGUGCAUCGAGGUUGAAUCCCGGCCUUAGUCAACCUUUCUUUAUUCCUGUAUCUAUUAUAUACUUAGAAAACCAUACCAAUAAAGUAGAUGAACAUAA